AUGUCACGUCCAACCACAAAUGGAAUAACCAAUGGCACCCCCAAGCACCGCCAACCAAAAACAUUCUUCUUCGACAUCGACAACUGUCUGUAUCCUAAGUCAUACAAGAUACACGAGCAAAUGGGCGAGCUGAUAGACGUCUACUUCCAAAACCAUCUUUCCUUGUCCGAAGCCGACGCCUGUGAGCUCCAUCAACGCUACUACAAGGACUACGGCCUAGCAAUUGAAGGACUAGUCCGCCACCACAAAGUCGACCCCCUAGAGUACAACGAGAAAGUCGACGAUGCGUUGCCCUUAGACGAUAUAAUAAAACCGAAUCCAGGUCUCCGAAAACUACUGCAAGACAUCGACCAGACGAAGGUGAAAUUAUGGCUAUUCACAAACGCCUACAUCACCCACGGCCAACGCGUAGUCAAACUCCUCGGGAUCGAGGAAAUGUUCGAGGGAAUCACGUACUGUGACUACGGCGCCAAGGAACUUGUCUGUAAGCCACGGAGAGAAAUGUACGAUAAAGCUAUGCGGGAAUCUGGAUCGAAGGAUGUGAGCGAGUGUUAUUUCGUUGACGAUUCGGGGCUCAAUGUGACAGGCGCGAAGCAGUAUGGUUGGAAGGCGGCGCAUUUGCUGGAGCCUGGGACGAAGGCGCCGAGGAAGCAGGCGGGUGAUUGGCAGAUUGAGGAUUUGGAGGAGUUGAGGGAGAUUUUCCCGGAGGUGUUUCGGAAAGGGUGA